AAAUAACACGCAAUAAAAUAAAAAGCAGAAUUUUGUGUAAAAAUUUUAAAUAAACUUUAUAAUCAAGCGCGUAUAGUGCAAAAAGAUAUUAUCUGUAUUAACAACGCUUUGAAGCUCGGCAAAAAUUGGAAAAAUAUUUUCGUAACUCAAAUUGUCACUGAUUGUAAAAUUUGUUAAAAUAUUCUACGAAUAUCAAAUAUAAACUAGAUAAAAAUUAAUCAAUUCGCGAAACAAAAAAUAAUAUUAAAAUAUGAAUAUAUUGGAUGAAAAACUGUGUGAAUGGUUUAUACAGCAGAAAGAAUUGGGAAUAGAACCGACCGAUAUGAUGAUUAAACAUAAAAUAUUAGAAAUAAUGGAUGAGUUUGGUGGACCAUCAACAAUUAAUGUAGAAGAAUGGCUCGAAAAAUUUAAAGUGCGUAACAAGGAGUUUAUAGCGCUACUUAGGAGUAAGCCCCCCCAGCAAAUUGAGGAAUCUGAAUUACUUAUAUUAAUCCAGAUGCUAAAUACUUUAUUAAAUCUCUUAAUCAUCAGAUAAAACAUGAAAAUAUUAGUAGAGAUAAUAUUUAUACUAUGACCGAUAUGCGCAUAUCGUGGACAAAUGUUUGUUUUAGAGCCAAGAAACGAAAUGCCAAUGCAGGAAAAUUGGAAAAUGACAGUUCAACUUUUAUGUUUUGUACAAAUGCUACAGGAAACCAUAAAUUAUCGCCCUUUUGUAUUUAUAAAUAUAAGAAUCCAAAAGUAUUAAAACAUUUGAAGAAUAAGUCUUUGGUUUUUAAGAUACAAGAAAAUGAAUUAAAUAAUGGAAGAAAAAUGUUCACACAUUGGUUCAAUAAUCAUUUUAUUCCAUCUGUAAGAAGUCAACAAUCAAGUGAAAAAGCAAAUGUAAACAGUAAAGUACUUUUAAUCGUUAAAACGCGUUUUCAGUUUCAUUUAGAAAAUACCGUACAAGAUGACAAUUUCAAGAUUGUGUAUAUACCAAUAUUUUCAUUCAGAGAUCUUCAUCCAAUAAAACAGAAAAUUAUGAAAGACAUCAGGAGUUCUUUUACACGUGCGUUUAAAUAUUUUUAUACAUCUUUAGACUUUAAAAGUCUUAUUGAAAUGACUUGUGAGCCAUGGACCAUCCUCACCCCUGAAUAUAUUGCAAGUUUAUGGAGUGAAAUUCUCAAAGCAAUUUAUAAAGAAAAUAACGUAAUACAAAAAAUAAAACAAAAGAGGAAAUAUCAGAAUCACUGGAUUUAUUCAGAAAAGACGAAACAAAUAAAUAUCGAGAGCAGGAAUAUACAAGUGACUUUUACUUAGAUAAAACAAUAACAGAAGUGCUUACCUCUAUCUCAGAAGCUGAAGCAAGACAAGAUGAUAUUGAAAAUAUUUUUGACGAGAUGUAUCCGAUACAGAAACUGAUGAUUUGAUUUGACUUCUCAAAUUUGUUCAGUACCUGGGGUUGUACGGAAAUGUCAAGAGCAGGAAUAUCCAAGUGCUGAAAUUAUUGAACGGCUAGAAAAUAAUGAAAGCAUUGAAGAAAACAUAGAAGAACAAUAUACCGAUAAUUCGACAGCAGAUUUACAUAAUUCAGAGAAGAUCAGUAAUAAAAGAUACAAAGUCUCGCAAUACUUCGCAAGAUGACUUUGACUUAGACAAGAUAACAGAGGCGCUUAGCCCUAACAUAGAAGUUGAAGCAAGAUAUGAACAAGAUGAUAUUGAAAAUAUUUCUGACGAGAUGAAUCCGACACAGGGACUAUUUGAACAUAAUAUUUCUGAUGUAAUCAAUGAUGCAGAUCCGAGAAGAACGGCUACUCUGACGGUGGAGGCUCGUUUUCGUAUCAUUUCGGCAUAUGAAUGGAAGAAGUCGUUUGACCGGCCGACUUGGCCAAGAUGCGAUCAGACGGAUGCAGAAGAGCUUGUAAGCGGUGAACGCAAUGUGAGAGACGCGGAGAAACAGAAAAGGAAGAGAGAAGUAAACAGAAAUAUCAGGAGAAAUGGGAAGGGGCGACUUUACAAAAAGAGGAACAAAAAAGAUAUGAGAGGUGAGGUGUCGGGCGAAAACGUGUCCGCGAGCACGGGACCAACACGUGGCGGCGACCGUGGAGAGGCGGCGGAUUUAGGUACGCACACGGAAAACAACGACGGGGCCACCCUGGCAGCGAACACAGCGGUCGACGCCAGGGGCGGAAGCCCUCAGGGUGCCCACCUGUCCGGUGCGGCGACCCCCCGACCGCCAAGGAGUAGAAGGCGGCAGAAUCAGAAUGGUCUCGACACUACUCAAGUUAAAACGGAACGGCUCACGCCUGACAAUAACUCGACAUCGUCGAGGAGCGUGACGCCUUCUUCGUCGAGUCAUCCGGGGACGCCGCCAAAUGCUACGCCUUUGGGAGGACCCGAGGGUCCACCACCACCCCAUCAUCUCAAGCACAUGGAACAGAUGAUGGGGCGAAAUUAUAGCGAUUUCAUGAGAAGUCUCGCCGCCAAAUACAACAAUGCCAACCCCAACGAUUACUUCAGUACAUCGAGGAACGGAUAUCCUCCGGGUUUAGAUCCGAGGUUUCCGGCCUUCAAGACCGCGGCGACGCCAUUUGUUGGUCUGAUGGCGCCUUUAGGGGCACCGCAACCACCGACUAUCCCGACGACCUCCCCUCUCUCCAACAAAGAUCCGAAAGAACAGAAACAGGAUAGUCUCUUUGGUAAUCCCGUGUUUCCGCCUAUGAUCGAUAUGUCCUCUACUCAAGCUCUUCUUCACAUGGUGCGCACUGCCAACGCGGCUCAAAACGCUGCUGAAUUGGAAACAUAUCUUAAAGGCGCGAACAAAAGAGAUGCGGGAGUGACGAGUCCUUUGGACCUUUCGAGUCCCGGUGGUUUUGCACCUCGCAAGCGGCAAAGACCGGAAACAAGAAGAUCCGAAAGCGUAUCUCCCAAGCCGAAACCUACCGCGAGACCAAUCACACCUCCGCCAGUCAGGUGCCCGACGCUCUAUGCUCACAUGCCCUGCGGCGACGGACAAGCUGUGAAUCGCUGGACCAUCGAGGACGUCGUCAAUUACGUCUCGUCGAUCGACAUCUGCGCCGAGUACGCACAGAAUUUCCGGGAGCAUCGUAUAGACGGUGCCGCGCUACCGCUACUCUCGGAGAAUCACCUGACGGGCACGAUGGGCAUGAAACUCGGUCCAGCCUUGAAGCUGCGCAUAAUGCUGGCCCGGAAGAUCGGUGCCUGCACGGUUUGUUUGCACUGUGCCCACUGCCAUCAAACACCGCUACCGACGCUCAGCGCGGCGGGCGCGGCCGCGGCGGUGACGCAACAGCAACCGCAGCAACAGCAACAACAGACGCCAGGCCGACGACCUAGCAGCACCGGAAACUGACAAACAAUGGCGGAGACUCCCCCAUUGGGAUCCGAGACGGUCGUCGCGACACCAUCGUCACCGUCUCCGGAUCUGAAUCGGGCCCUCAGGAUAGAACGGCGCGUACCCCGUCCGGUACGCAAGCCGGAAGUCGUCUUCAAAAAGCCUAUCAAACAGUGACAUUAACGGAGACGAUUUCAUAUGUUAGGGAAAGUGGAGACUCCGCCUGUUGUCAGUAAUCAAGAAUUCGGAAGGACUUUUAGGUAGGAGAAUUCAGACUAUGCAGUUUAGAGCGAAACUAGAUCGUAGAAGAGAGAGAGAGAGAGAGAGAGAGAGAGAGAGAGGAGAGACUUUAAGUGACAUUAACGCAUAAAGCGUAUGGAAAGCUCGAGAAUAGAGAUUUUGAGCGUUUUGUCGAGAGAGAGAGAGAGAGAGAGGACGUUGAAAUAAUCUAAAACCUAAACUAUAGAGACCUGAAGGACUAGCAAAAUUGAAAACUUUGACUGCGACAAUUUAUUGUGUAGAAUUUGAACGAUGCAGGAUGAGGAGGGCAUGUUAUUUAAUGGCAUGCAAUGUAAAAUUGAACGCGCGCGAUAAAAGAGUGAACGAAUUCAACUCUUAACAUUUUUUUUUUAAUAUUUUAACUGAAUGAAUGACAUUUAGAUAGUUAAACAGAAAGAUAUUUUCGAAAAUUGUAUAAAUGCGAUACGAAAAGCGAAAUUAUUGAGUGAUUACAAUUGCAAAAAAGAGAAGUUUAACUGAAUCACGAUCAUAUACAUAUCGUUACGAGAAUAAGCUAAUGUAUAUAACUGUUGAAUAUUAGCGAAAAAACAACGAUUUCUGAAAUUGAACGUAGUUGUUUCAGUUGAAAGGAUUCAAAGUUUAAAAUUUUAUUUUUAUUCGCGUCUUUAAGACUGUAUUAAAUUCAAGAGAAAUCGUAAUCAGUGGAUAAAAUGUAUAAACGUAAUGUAUAAAUAUUUAUUUUUUUUUUCAUGUUUUUGAAAAACAGAAAUCAUGAAAAUAAAUUCACGAAUAAAAUUACAACGGCAAAGUUUUUGGUACAACAUUGUGUGUUGUGUGUGGGAAAAUUUAUAAAAUAAUAAUUAUAUAUCUUAUGAAAUACUUGUGAUCUAUAUCAUGGAUUCAGUACUUAAAUAGUACAUUUUAUAACGUAAGAAAUAGAGAAUUAGCAUAACAUGUCGAACAAGUAAUUUACUUUCAUAUUAGCUUUGCUAAUAGAUUGUCUUCCACUAUGACAAUCAUUGCGUGACAAAAAAUAUAUUGGAGAAAUAUAUUUAUUAAAAUAUUUUAUGUGAAAUCAAAUCUUUUUCCGUCUUAAGGAAGAGAGUGCAGUUAUUAAAUUAUAUGGCUACUCAUCUUAUUUUUUUUUCUCUAUCCUGGCAUUCUAACAUAUCCGAAUAAUUUUUAUCAUAUAUGUGAUCACAUUUUGAUCAUAUUGUUGUUAACAAGAGAAGUAUCCAUCUCUGAUUUUAAUGAGCUUUAUUUUUGACGCUAUUCUGAUAUAUUAAAGAUUUUUUUAAGUAUCCAAAAAUUAUUUUAUGUAGCUCCAAAUAUUUAGAAAAUUAUCAAUUUUUUUCUAAAUAAAAUAAAUUUUGAUAUUUUAAUUAUUUUCAAGCGCACUCCCAUCUUCUUAAGUUCUAAACAUAAUAUAUAAACAAAUACAUAAAAUAAAGAAAUACAUCACAUAAAUAAAUUUCUAAAGUUUUAUCACAUUUCUUUCCAUAUUAAACAUUUUCUUUAAAUAUUUAUCUGGAAUUAAAUAUUUGUCUUGAACACGCGUUUGAAAUCAAGCUAACUAGAAAACACUAAAACUAAACAACACUAAAAAGUUGAAAAUUGUAUUAUUUUUUUUACGAUAAAUAGAUUAGAUUAUAUUUAUUGAAUUAAUUAUUAUUAUUUUUUUUUUUUUAGAGCUAUCGCGAAAUUCAAAUAAAUAAGCAAAAUUAAGCAAACGAGUGCCUAUCUUUGUAAAGUCUUCCAAGACAACGUCAUAGGAUUAAUUUCCGAUGUGUACGUAUUGGACUCAUGUAUAUUAAUCUUGAUUAAAUCUGAAAUCAUACUUCCCGAUCGACAACUUUCUCGAUCGUAACGGCCGAAAUCGUGUCUCCGAGCGGCAAACGAAAAGUCGACGAAACGACAAAUCAUUGACUUGAUUUCGAAAAGAAAACAAAGAGAUAAAGAAAGGAGAGGAAUGUAUGUGAAAGGGUGGUACGCAUAUAUAUGUACAUACAUAUAUACUGGAACGAAUGCGAUUACGUGCGAGUGCGAAAGGGGAUGUAAGGAUAUAGAUAUACGUAUAUAAAAAGGAGACGAUCUAUAAAAUUAGGGAGAAUUACGUGCAAUAACAAUAAAUACGUUUCGACGCGAACUUUGUAACUACCGUAGGAGAUACGUAUUUGCUCAAAUCGUUGUUUCUUUUAUAUAUUUUAACGAAGUUUUUUUUUAUAUAUGUAUGGAUGAAUUAUUAUGAUAAAUAUACUAAAUUAUAUAUUUUUGCUAACGCUCUACGUGCAAAAAUAAAAUCCACGUACGAAUACACUUACAUAAACAUAAACACAUAUUGUACGAUGUACGAACAAACAACGAUAGUUUCACGUGCGAUGGACUUGUAUAGCUCUUAGGGAAUUGUACAUUAGUGUCCCAUUUUUAUCUUGAUCCCCUUUAAUCUUCAAGAUUUCACAAUGUAAACGUUUAUUUAUUUAGUUGUGUAGUACUCGUUGCCCUAUUGUAUUCACGUAAUGAUUAAGACAUAAAUGAUGUUAGAGAGCGACGUCAAAUUGCGCUUACACGUACCAUUCGUGAGAGAAAGCGAGUGUGAACGAUGAAUCAGUUUGUAUAAGAUGAGCAGUAUUUUUUAGAUUUAUCCACACAUUUAUUGUGCAGACUAUAUAAAAUAAACGUAUGUAUACACACACACACACACGUACAUACACACAACAUUUAUCUACGCCUAAAACGGUGUUUCUAUACAUGCGUCCGCGCUCCCGAGUUUGCGUUUAACCGAAAAGUAAAAUACAAAAAAUGAAAAAAAAAACUCACACAGCAUUUUAAAAAAUUCGAUGAAUGUACAUUUUAUUUAAGCAGCGGAAAUGAUUAGAAAUGAUACUCGCGCGGUGAAAGAAGGGGAUUUCAUUGUAUCAGCCCGCGGCUGAUUACGUAAGUCUGUUACUAUUUGUAAUACGAAAUUAUCAAUGGUAAUUAGACUGUAAUCGCAUACGUUAUUACACUUGCUCUUACCGUAUGCAAAGAUAAUUGUAGGUAGAAGUUUGUUUACGUACCUAUUAUUUAUAUAAUUAGUGGUAUAAUAUAUUUCAGCAUACAUAUUUAUAUGUAUAUGAUAAUAUGGCUAAAGAAAAUUUUCUUUCUUUGUUGAUCAUGCUUAAGAAAUGCAACACUUAUUGAUUUACAAUUUACAACAAUAUCGGAUAAGCGAAAUAUUUUUUUGUCACAUAUGCGACAAACUCGGGCGCGCUAACCGAGUUUAGCGGCUUUUACUUAAACAAGAGAUCACUGUACAUAAUGCUUAAGCAUUUAUUUAUGUCGUGCUUUUACAAAUGCUCUGUAGUAUUUUAUUUAGUGUAUUAUUCACGAAGUUCACACGCUAUUAAUGCGUAUUACGAGCGUUACGCAUUAAUUAGUUUUCGUACAAUAUAUUCGUCUGUCGAGAGGAAAAGAGAAACGGACGAGAAAGAGUUAUGGCGGUGACAGAUUCUUUCUCAGCGAAGGAUAAUUUAAUCGCAUCCAGAUUAAAAGCUAGAGUGAGAUGGUAAAAUCGGCGAUAAGGCAAUUUUUUGUGAUAUUUCAAGAUUUUUUAUCCAUCUUUUGGCGUCCUUCCUUAAAAUCGAUCGAUUUUACGUUAUGUAUCCAGUUCAUCUCACCUGAUCUCCCUUCGACUUUUUAUUUUUCCAUCGCGAGUCUGUCGUGUAUUAUCUUACGAUUAACUGUCAUAUCAUGUAUAGUAGAAAUUAAUGGUGAAAAGAGGAAAAACACAGUACAUUGUUUCUGUUAAAAUAAACAUUGUUGAAAAAUA